ACGAUGCGCGUUUCGACACCUCCGCCGCUUGAGUUCGAGCAGAUCGACGACCUCCUGUACCUCACCCGCGCCAACGAGUCCCAGGAGUUGGACACCAGCAUUCAACAGCUCGCAGAACAGUACCAAUGUCGCCGAAAGGACAUCCUCGAAGCUGCUAUUGACCCAGAGACGGGCAACACAGUUCUACACUUCUGCUCGGCGAAUGGCUUGUCAGAGCUGCUCAGCUCAAUACUCUCUCAGCUCAAGAUCGAGGAGGGCGCCGAUCAAACUGGCUUCUCUCCAUUGAUCAACCACGGAAACAAGGAAGGGAACACGCCUCUACACUGGGCGGCAUACAACGGCCAUCUGCCUGUCGUCAAGACGCUCCUCGGAGUGGGUGCGGACAUGUGGCUGAAGAAUGCUGCAGGACACCUGGCGAUGUUCGAGGCGGAGCGAGCGGACAAGAACGAUGUGGUUCAGCACUUGUUGGAGGCGGGAGGCAAAGAGGUGGAGAAGGCUGGGGUAGAGGGUCAGGCUUCUGCAGAGGAUGUGGAGGAUGUGGCCGAAGAAGAGGGAGCAGAGGGCGGCUUCACGCUGCGGGCGGGUACAGCUGGACAAGAUGAUGAUGUGAAAAUGGAAGAUGUCAACAUGGAGGAUGGCAAGACGGAGAGUACCAAUGGUUGAAAACCAACGCCGAGGAGUGACUGCUUCGCUGCGUUUCAACGCAUACACAGCAAAGCAUCUGUGGAUAUGGAAGUAUCGAGUCGGCUAAGCCACCGAACCUCUGGCGAUAUGGGACCUUCUGGGACGAUGCAUGUGUCACAACCGCCUGGAGUCAAGACGACAAAGCAUGAAGUCGAUUGGUCGGCAUAGUCAUCUGCUGCCAGGAGCCGACGUCUCUCGCCGAUCCCUCACUCACAGCACCGCGAUCAAGACGACGUAUAGAGGCGGGCGUUGUCAUGGUGCUCUACCGGCUGAACCCCGCGAAAGGCCUUCGCGG